GAAAGCCUGUCAUAUUUUAAGAUUUUAACCCCCUUGUCCCACACCUGGGACACACCAGUACAAGGGCUACCACGCAUAAGAUGUAUCACUGGACUUGCACUCUUUAUCUCAAGUUGAGUGGGGACGCUCAGCAGUUCCUCUUAGGAAAGGAUAGGCUAGCACUGGUGAUGUCAGGUAAUGAAAAAUUCGCAAACAACAAAGCUCAGAGGGCAUCCAGAACUUUAUUCGCUAAAUCUGGAUGAGAACUACAGUAUAAAUGUAUGGGUCCUUGGUCAUGUAAAGCUUUAUGGGAUAAAACAGUACUUCAGAUGUGAUCCAGAAGAAUACAGUAGUCCUUGAUUUAUGGCUUCCAUUAAGCCCAAAAUUUCUAUUGCUAAGCAAGACAGUAGUUAAAUGAAUCAUUUUGUGACAUUUUUGCCAUAGUUGUUAAGCAAAUCACUAAAGUUAAAUGAAUCAUGUUAUUGUUAAGAGAAUGGAUAUCACUAUCUCAGGACACUGAGAUGCUGCAACCAUCAUAACCAGGCAUCCAAAGUUUGAAUCACAUGACUGUGGGACCAGAACUCACGGUCUCCCGAUUUCUAGGCUAGCACCUUAACCAUUACACCAAAUUGGCUCUGUUUAAAUUUUGUCAAACAAUAUUCCAACGAUCUGAAAUCCCUCAACCAAAUAAAAAACUGUCAACAAGCUUGAACAGUUAUGAAAACAGCAUUUAUACACUACUGGAAGAAGGUUUUGGUGUCCAACACUAAAAUUUGGCUUAAUGAAAUUUGUAAACCUUCAGACUUUAAAUUAGGUUUGUAUUAGAAAAGAGGCAAUGGAGGAAUGAAAAAGUUUUUGGAAAAAAGGUAAGAAAUAAAAGCAGAAUCACAGCAGAUGGCACCAGCUAGUCAACUUUGGCUGACGUUAGAGUUAGCAGAAACAAGCAAAAUUCAGACCUGCGUAGUAUUUGUAUUGAAAUUCAUCCAGCUAGCUUGGAAAGUCAAAAUAAUAUCCCAUCCUGCUUGAUUUCCAAGAAAACAACAUGUGGAGUCACCAGGAAUCAAUCUUAACCCCAAGGAGGCUUUAUCUUUAAAAUACAACAUAUAGAAUAAUAAAUAAGGCUGUCCAUAAAUGUAGCUAUCUAAUGGUUGAAAAACUGUAGCCAGGUUUGGGGACUUCGUUGCUUCUUCUCUAUCCUGAUCCUCCCUGAGGCAGAAUUUUGGACAGCUGGAAAACUAGCAUCUUCUUUCCUGCUAUUUUAUACAGCUCUAAUAAAAUUUCCCAAGUAGAAAUAAUGAUGAUGGUUCCCGAGCCAGCAAAGCUGCGAUUGCUGUUUUGUAGAAACGGAGGGAAUUCGCAGGGGGAAAAAAAAAAAGAUUUCGGGGACAGACGCGAGCCAGGCCCUGUUGUCCAGGGGAAAAUCAGAGGAUCUUUUGGCCUAGAUAAAAACAUGCCCUGUUUUUAUUGUUAUUAUUGCUCCGUGAAUUGGCCUCCAAUAAAAUGCAAACAAGGCAUACCAGGCUCAUUCGAAUACGGCUGGGCUGCCGGUCGCUCCCGGGGAUGCUCCUGCCAGCUUCCCUUCGGCCUGCCUAAUGGGCAGGAGCCAAACGAGCGAGCGGCGUCAGCGAAGGAAGCCCGAAGGCGGGCGCUGGCUUGGAGAACAGGAGCGGGCGCGGCGGCGGUAGCCCCGCCCUUUCCCCUCCUCCGGUGCGGCCCUUUCUGUGCGCAUACCGGGCUGGAGUGGAGCUGCUCGCCAAGCUCGCCAUGGAGGGCGUCCGCUCCGCCUCGGUGCUGGAAAACGGCCACCCGGCCGCUCCGCCACCAGCGGCAGCGGCGGUUUCCCCACCGCGCUCCUCCUGCGCCUCCAACCUCUGGAUCCGCCUGAGGGGAAAACUUUGUACGUGGCAUAUUGUGAAAACACUUCUCCUGGGUCAAAUACUCUCCUUGCUUAUUUGUGGGACUGCAGUCACAAGCCAGUUUCUUGCUGACAAUUACAGCAUCAACACUCCAAUGCUGCAGAGUUUCAUAAACUAUUGUUUGCUUUUCCUAGUGUACACAACAACUCUUGCAUUUAGGAAAGAUGGUGAUGGAAUCUUGCAGAUCCUAAAGAGGAAAUGGUGGAAGUACAUUUUGCUUGGAUUGGCUGAUGUUGAAGCUAACUACACCAUUGUAAAAGCCUAUCAAUAUACAACUAUAACAAGUGUCCAGCUCCUGGACUGUUUUGGGAUCCCUGUACUGAUGGCUUUAUCAUGGUUCAUUCUCCGUGCAAGAUAUAAAUUAAUCCAUUUCAUUGCUGUUGCUGUUUGUCUGUUCGGCGUAGGGACCAUGGUCGGUGCGGAUAUAUUAGCUGGAAGGCAAGAGGGUGAAGGGAGCGACGUGGUGAUUGGAGAUGUCUUAGUCCUCCUCGGCGCUUCAUUAUAUGCCAUUUCGAAUGUGAGUGAGGAAUACAUUGUGAAAAAUCUGAGCAGAAUGGAGUUUCUAGGAAUGGUGGGCUUGUUUGGGACUGUUAUCAGCGGUCUGCAGCUAGCUAUUGUGGAACACAGAGACAUAGCUAAUAUUCAGUGGAACUGGAAAAUUGCCUUGCUCUUCUUGGCUUUUGCCUUGUGCAUGUUUGGGCUGUACAGUUUCAUGCCAAUUGUGAUCAGAGUGACAAGUGCCACCUCCGUCAACUUGGGCAUCCUGACAGCUGAUCUCUACAGUCUUUUCUUUGGACUUUUCCUAUUUGGCUACAAGUUUUCCGUGCUGUACCUCUUAUCCUUUGUGGUCAUCAUGAUCGGCUUCAUCAUGUAUUGCUCCACCCCAACCCGUACUGCAGAGGUUCCCUCAACCACGUUGCCAAUGGCAGAUAGUACUGGAUUUGACAACCUUGCUUUAAAAAUUGAGGAGAACCACCUGGAUUCCACUGACACUUUGACAAUACUGUGCAACAAAGAUGACAGCCAGGCAGAAGACACAACUACAAAAUUAACAGUUUUAUGAAAUAUGAAAUUUCAGCUGCUGAAGUUGCUCUGGAGAAAUCAGAAAGCACCAGAUGACACUAUGUUAUGGUGGACAAACUGGAGAAAUACCAAUUAUGGAAUUUGUGCUCAUGACAAAAUCUGGAAAUGUUAUCACCAAAACAAGGAGGCCUAGAUCCUUACUUGGAACACUGAUAUUAAUUCUUGUUUAUUGAAGAUUAUUCUUAGAGCUGACAAGUGAAUAGAAAAGUAGAUACUAGACUGUCUUUCUAUCAAACAAAGCCAGAUUAUACUCAGAAUAAACAUAUGUUUUAUUUUGAGUAAUUUCUUAUGUUCUCAAACUUAUACAUGGUUAAUGAGAUUAGCAAGAAGAAAAUGAAAGAUGGAAAACAAGAAAGAAAAACACAAAACAUCAGAUGGCAGCUAGGAUCAGAGAGACUCAGAACACAGAUCAAGGUUAGUGAAGGAUCCUUAUCUCCCAGAUUGCUAAACCAUGAGGAGGAGAAAUCUUGCAUUUUGGAAGUGUGAAUCCUGUAGAGACUCUGAUCUUUAUCCACUUAACAUGCAGAGACAAUGUAUAUUGUUCACAUUAAUUUAAUUGCAACACAAUUCUUAGGUUCAGUUGCAUUGACUGCUGAUGCUAAUAAAUGAAGAAAAAGCAUGACUAAUUUUAUGACAUGAAAAGAUGCAUCAAACCCUUUUUCUAGUUGUGUGCACAAACACACUUGAAGUGUAUCUGUUCUGCAACCAAACAAGGUAUUUUUUUUUUUGCAGAAGAUAAUUUAUGUGUAGAUCAAUUUCUUUGAAAAUAUAAAGAUACUGUUAACAACAAGUGGUUCCCCAAGUUGUAUGAAUGCAUAUGUAUAUAUAAACAGGAGGGAGAUAUUUGUCACCUUGCUAAAGUAUAGUUGCUGAAUUAUACCUCCCAGCAUCUUUCACCUUUGACCACACUAGUUGGAGUUGCUGACGGUUGUAGUUUAGCAACUUCUGAAGGGCCAUAAGUUCUCCCACGCCUGAUACAAGCAGAAUAACAUGGGAACUCUGAUUACUGUUCCAAAUUCGCUUCCCUAGCAGCUCCAAGGAGAUAAUUUGAAUGCUCUUGAUGACGUAGAAGUAGAGGGUAUGAGUUUAAUCCUACUUGUUGUAUAUUCCUUGAAAAGACUGAUGAGAAACGUAACUGAUGUUUUUUAUGCCAUUAAAACAAUAAUCUGGCGACACUUCCAAGAAUUAUUGUCCCACCUCUGGGAACAGAAAACAAGGAGUAAAGUCUUAUUUAAAAGUGGCUUGGAGGAAAAACACAAAAACUAAGUUCUCUCAUUGUCCCCUGAGUAUUUUUGUCUUUUUGGAACGUAAGGUACUUGAAAAAUUCUAGGGAAUUGUUCAGAGUGGGUCUUGGUACUUAAAGAUAAAGCUUUCCCCUGUCCAGUCAUGUCUGACUCUAGGGGGUGGUGAUCAUCUCCGUUUUUUAGUUGAGGGAGCCGGCGUCAUCUGAAGACAUUUCCCUUAUCAUGUGGCCAGUAUCACUAUACGCCAAGGCAUACAGAGCACUUUUUCCUUCCCACCGAACUGGUUUCUAUUUAUUUACUCACAUUUGCAUGCUUUUGAACUGCUACGUGGGCAAAAGUUGAAACAAGAACGGGAGCUCACCCCAUCCCACGACACUCGGAUCUCGAACACGGUCAGGUUUCUAGCUGAUAAGCUCAGUUUAACCACUGAGCCAUUGCGCCCCCUUUGGUACUUUUUUACCUUAUUUAUUUCAUAUCUACCCUUUAUAACCUUGUGGGAAAAGUAGGAGCUGGAGCUUUCUAUUACCACAUUGGGGUGAUAAGACCUAUCAGAUUUCUUACGGAAGACAGGAUUAACUUGACCUCUAUGGGAAAAAUAUGCUACUUUUGAUUUUUUUUUCUAGUUAAGAUUUAUGCUAUUGGCUCAAUUUAAAGUUACAGUUUAUCCAAUAUAGCCAUUCUGCCUGUGAGUAAAUAGCAAAAUUGAGGCUUUUCAUCAUCUGUUUACAAAGGGAAUGAAAUGUAUAACUUAGUUUUGCUUAAUAGCCACACAAUAAAACAUUAUUCUGAGUUUUCA